AUGGCCAUGAGCAGCAAGAAUUGGAACGAUCGUGCAGACAAGGACUUAUUCUUUACCAUUUUGUCCGUCAAGAACAUUGGCGUCAUCAGCGGCUCAGAAUGGGCCACCAUUGGCAACCACAUGCGUACUCUUGGCUACGGCUUCACCAAUGAGGGAUGCCGACAACACUUCCAGGGUCUGAGGCGGGCCCAGAACAAGGCUGACGCCAACGGGGUCACGGCGGAAAAUGCCAAACGCACCGACCCGACCCUGAAUCCCAUCACCAGAAGACCAGGCCCUGGACGAGGCCGGCCUCGGAAGUCGCAGCAGGACGUCCCCGACCAACCAAAUCAAGAGGCCGAUGCUGUUCCCGUCUCUGUCCCUGGACAAGUUUCCAGCCCCGCGUCGAGAUCCUUCCCGGGCGCCGUGACGGGGCAUUUCUUCGGCGCUGUGCCAGUCGCGGCCCCGGAUCAAGUGCAGCAGGGCCAGGAGCCUGGACCGCCCCAGCAACCUCACGAGGGGCCCACCAACGGCCAGCAGAUCCCUAUGGCACCGACUGCAGUCCCCCCUGACGAUCCACCGGGACCGGUCACGGGUACGCCCAGCGCCCAGCCAGUACCGGCCUCGACCACGCAGGGCGGGGAGAUUGAAGAAGCCGACGUGGAUGCCGACGGUGCUGAGAGUGCCGGGCCACUGGAGCCGGAAGAGCAAGUUGAAGACAACGACGAGCAUCCGGCCAAGCGACAGAAGCUGGAGCCGCAGGUGCCGGAUGUCGAAGCCGAGGUGGAGCACGAGCAGGCUCUUGAUGACGAGGCGGUGUUGGCCCUCGCCGCGCACAACGGGCCAAGUGCUGCGGAUGAAUACGAGUCCGAGUUUGACAACUACGACGAGGCCUAG